AUGGAGGAUUGGGGCCCCCUGGACCAGUCCAUCAUUGUGGGCACGGACGAGGGCUUGAUCAUUGUCACGACGCUGCAAGGACAAGAGCUGCACCGCGUCGAAGCGCACUCGGACAGCAUAAAAAGCGUCUCGUUUAACCAGGAUCGCUCGGUGAUGCUCACGGUAGGUCGCGACAAACUCGCGUUGCUGUGGAACACGACGACGAUGGAGCUGAUCGGCAAGUACUUGAUGGACCGGCCGCUGAACGCGUGCGCGCUGAAUCCGCUGAUGGACGCGGAAAACCCGGACGAGCGCUACUAUCACUGCAUCCUAGCCGGUGGACAGGACGCGAGUGAGGUGACGACGUCCGCUUCCGCGCAAGGUUCCUUCGAAACGAUCAUUCUGAACUUAGUCACGAAAGAGGAGAUUGGCAGAAUCACAGCGCACUACUCGCCAACGACGUGUCUGACGUACUUGCGCGACGGCAAGAGCUUUGUGACGGGUACGUACGAAGGAAAUUGUAAAAUCAUUGCGCUGCCAGACGCGUUUUUCGCAGCAGAAGGCGCGUGA